AUGGGGUCUUUGGAAGCCGCAUCUAGGCACAGAGACCCUUUGCCUGCCAUCGGUUUCCUCGGUAAGGACGGUUCGGGGUAUUCCAAGCACGCUGCUUCGCCGACCCCUCUACUCAGCCCGAGCAAUAUGUACUCCGGACAACCGCUACCGUACGCCUAUGCGACGCACGCGACCAACACACCUUCACAAUCCGGCUAUGUUUCGCCAUCAGAGUCGCGCCGGACCCUGGAAGAUGAAAAGGAUAAAGCCACCCCGCGACAGUCCCUCCCAUCCAUCCACGAGGCCCUGGGCAACGACCCUUCCCUCCCAUACCCCGCCCCUACCUCUGCUCCUCAAUCACAACCCGGACAUACCGCACCACCUUCACAUUUAAUCGGGCGCCCCGGCGCAGAAGCCUACCCUCAUCAAUCCCAGCUCCAGGCCGAUGCCUCGCGCAACAGCCUCACCUCCAUCAACACACAAGAGUCACGCAACGCGUCUCUCAACUCCCUCAGUACGGGCAAGUCACCGACGCAGAGCGCCAAAACUGGUAUCACCUCGGUUUCCGGCUCUCAGAACUCCUCCCAUUACGAUUAUAGCGCGCCUCCUUCUGCUGGCAGUGUCGCCUCCCCUAACGGCUACAACCAUUUCCCACCAAACUACAACUUUCCUCCCUCUCAACCGGCUGGCCCGUCCUACCCCCAAGCUCCUUACGACAGUCGAUACAUGGGUGCGCCACGCGUGGAUGAAGUCAAGGGUGGAUUCGUGACCCGUCCGAUACCGGGUCAACCUCACAGCGACUCGGUAAAGCGACAUUUGGAUGUCUACGAUGUGGAGACGUCACUUAACGAGAUCGCCGAGAUGAGCACACGAACAUUGGAUUUUUCACGACAUUAUGCUGCACGGGCACACCAAACGCAACGGUCUGGACCGGUCCUGGGUUCUCUCCCAUCGCUGAACGAGGUGGAGGACAUGCUCCAUAUGCAGCGUCGGAACCAAGAUGCGUUGAUCCGGAUACGAACGGCGGUCGUGAACCAGGAAGCGGCAUUGGCGGAGCAAAUGGCCCAACGAAAGGCUUACAAGCCCGAGGACGAGCACAUGGCUCUGUACCAAGAAGACUACAAGGGCACGGGUGGGUUUGCCGGGGCAGAUGCAAAGAAACGGCGUGGAAAGGCGGCCCCUCCUGGUCGUUGCCACAGCUGUAACCGAGCCGAAACACCAGAAUGGCGUCGGGGUCCAGAUGGUGCCCGAACGCUUUGUAACGCAUGUGGCCUACACUACGCCAAGCUCACUCGCAAGAUGGGCGCCAACAAGGCGGCGACCCUGGGUUCCAACCUGAAGCCUAAGAGUGUGCUUGACUCCGCAUCCCCUACCAGUCAUUAA